UGAUGGCAAUAAAACAAGUGGGUGAGUUAUGUGUAUAUUAAAGCUGUAUUCAUUAAGCAGAUCAUUUGGUUGCGCCUUUUUUUUUGUUUAUCUGGUGAGCACUGUACUGAUUAUAACUGAGCAACAACGCAAAGAUAAGAGGUACAUGUAAUCUUCUGACCCAAGUGAGAUAUCCAAAAGUUCCACAGCUACUGUGGGGAAGAAAAAAAGUUACAGUGGAAUAUCCUUUAAGCAGUUUUUGUCCACUGACAGAGAGUUUCAACAUGAUUAUUGAGUGAGGCACUCAGACAAUGACAGCUUAUUGAUUAAGGGUAAAAAUUUACACUGUGUAGAUCCCUGCUCUGAUGCUUACGCAAUGUGUGCUCAGCAAUCUAUAGUCAAAAAGUCAGCCUUAAAACUGGUAUGUCUGUUUUUUUAAUAUGCACUAAUAAGUUAAUUCUCAGUUUAGGGUGCGAAUUCAUGUGGCAUUAUUACAGUGGGAGGGCAACAUGUGCACCUACGGGGAGAAAAAGAAUGUGUGGAAAGAUCAACUGGAAAUAUCAAGGAAGGACUUCUCUGUGUAAAUAAAGCAUAAUCUGGGUAUGUGUGUGUGUGUGUGUGUGUGUGUGUGUGUGUGUGGUGGAGGUCCACUGGCUCUUCCUCCACUGAGCUCCACACACACCACAGACCACAGUUGACCAGCAGCUGAACAGCAGCAUCUCUCUGCACGGCUUCCCAAACCAUUUACAGGGCAAUAUGAAGCUGUUGGUCUGGCUCAGUGUUCUCCUCUGCCUCUUUGCCUGUCAUCUCAGUGAGGCCAGAGUCAUCCCAGAAGGAGUUCCAUAUGACGAACCACCAGCUGUUCCUUACUGGCCCUACUCCACCUCCGACUUCUGGAACUACAUUGAAUACUUCAGAUCCAUCGGUGCCUACAACCACAUCAAUGAGAUGGCCCGGGCCUUCUUCGCCCACCAGCACCUUGGAGACACCCUGGGAUAUGAGACCAAUGCAGGACAUGAACACUGAAAGGGGGCUGAAGGGAGCCCAGAUUUAUUGAGAUAGCCAGAGUGAAUAAAAUGGAAAACAUAUGAGGUCAUGAGGGAUUUAAUAUAGAGUAAAAAUAAAUUAAAUGAGGUGAAUACUGCAUUUUUUUUCCCUUUCCAAAGUAUAUCACCGUUUGUAGCGUAUCCACACAUAUAGAACACAAAUGUAGCGUAUGUAGCCCUUUUGUAGGAUUGUAUAAUAUCUUCAUGUAAUGUGCCAAACAUAAAUAAAAUAUU